AUGGCUCCUUUUGCUGAAAGCAAUAGGCUUACUUGUUCAUCCAGUAAUAAGUUACAGAAGCUCGUUGUGGAGAAAAUUCGGAGAGACCGCAUGAACAGCAGCAUUGAGCAACUGAGAACACUUCUCCACAGAGGACAGAUGUGUGGCCAGCAGCAGCAGCGCUUAUCCAAACUGGAGAAAGCGGAUAUUUUGGAGUUGGCGGUGAGUUUCCUACAGAGGGAGACCAAUGCGGGCGUUUCGCCCACCUACUCCCAGGGCUGCUCCCAGUGUCUGCAGGAGACCCUCCGCCACCUGCCCCUUCACGAGCCUCUGCAGGCUGCAGAACAACAGGAGAUCAAACGCCUUUACGUGCUUCAGAAAACAGCCUUGUCCAGGAGCAUGUCAAGUGAACAGCACGCGCGGUCUGCAGCCAAGCGGUCAACAUCAAGGUCAUCAUCACGGCGUUCCCAAGGCUCUCUGUGGAGGCCAUGGUAA